CAGGAGAGCGACAGUGAAGAUCAUCUGUGAGGUCGACACAUCCAGUCCUUCGAUUGCCAUGAGUUUCGGAGAGACAAGACUUCCACCAAGCGGACCAACUCAUCAAGGUCCUCCAAAACGAUGUAAUCUAAGCACAGAGAGAAAAGUGCUUGAUGAUCAUGGGAAAGUCAGAAAAUGGACUUACGGUAAAAAAGAAACAAAGAAACAAAACAAAAUUGUUCUGCUGGUGGGAGAAACCGGCACUGGCAAGACAACUCUUAUUAACAGCAUGGUCAACUACUUACUGGGAGUGAAGUUUGAAGAUGAAAUAUGGUAUGAAAUCACUGAAGAAGAAGCCAGAGACCAAUCAGAAUCCCAAACCUCUGAAAUCACCAUGUAUGAGGUCUUUCCUGUAGAGAAUCCUGUAGCUCUCACCAUCAUUGAUACUCCAGGAUAUGGAGACACUAGAGGACUGGAAAAAGAUCUGGAAGUUGCUGAGAAUUUAUCCAUGUUGUUUCAGAGCAGUGAUGGGGUUCGUGAAGUCGACGCUGUGUGUUUUGUGUUUCCAGCGUCUAAGAAUCGUCUCUCGGACAGACAGCAUUACAUCAUCAGUUCAGUUCUGUCUUUGUUUGGAAAAGACAUUGUGAACAACAUCGUGUUUCUAAUCACACACUCUGAUGGUCUGCCACCCCAAAACGUCCUCGGCGCCAUUAAUAAAGCUAGAAUCCCCUGCAGACGAGACCACAAGAACCAGCCUGUUCAUUUCUUAUUCAACAACCGGCAGGCGGACGCCCGUCACAAUGAGAGACGUUACCUUCGUGCUCAAAGAGAUGCUUGGGAAAACAGCAUGGACGAGACAAAGCAAUUCCUGCAGUCUCUGGAAGAAAUGAACAGAAGAAGUUUAGAGUUGACUUCAGAUGUCCUGAUUGAGCGCAUUCAAUUAGAAGCGUUUAUCUGCAACUUACAGCUACGAGUUCAAGAGAAAGAGUCGAAGAAAUCUGAAAAAUGUCAGAUCCAGGAGGUAAUGAGACAAAACAAGGAUAAAAUUGAGAGGCGCACAAACUUUAGCAUUAGAGUCAAAAAGGCUGUCAAAAAGAAGGUUCCCUUUGAAAGCGCUUCAUGGAAGAACAGGAAGGCGACGACCUGCUCCGUCUGUAAGGAAAACUGCCAUGAGAUUGGCUGCUGGUGGGUUUCUAAUCCCAGCAAAUGUGAAGUCAUGAAAAACGGCUACUGUACCGUGUGCACAGGGAAGUGUCACCACAGCAAACACCUCAAAGAAAACAAGAAAUAUGUCAUCAGCACCUCAGAUGUUGUGAUGGAAUUUGAUCAAAUAAAAAAGGAAUAUGAACAAGCUCAAAAUAAGAGAUUUUCAGUUGUGAUGGAUGAUCUUGACAAAGAUCUAAAAGAUAUUGAGGACCAAAAGCAAAUUCUUCUGUUCAAUGCCUACAAGACCAUCAAGCAUCUGUCUCAGAUCGCAUUAAAGCCAGACUCGGCCUUCACUCUUCAGCAUCUGGACUUCUUCAUCCCCAAACUGAGGGAGGCUGGGAAAGAAAACUGGGUCCGAGAGCUGGAGGAAAUGAGGAAAACCGCUGAAACUGAAGAAGCCAAUAAAGAUGCUCUGAGUUAUCUGAAAGCUGGUCUAACAAAACUGUUCCUUGGUGCAGUGAACAAACGCAAAGACGACAAGAGAUGAAUCAAUGCAAAUGAAGAUUUCUUUCAGUGAGAAAUCAAUGCAUGUUCUGUAGAUCUCAAAAAAAAUUUUAUUUUAAUCAUAGUAUCAAGCUUUUAGUGCUCGUUUAAAAGGCAAGCAACUCCAAUACAAUGCUAGUUUAUAAUAUUUAAAGUCCCCGUGAAAUCAAAAUUGAACCUAUUUACUUUGUUAGCGCAUAUUACUAGUCUUG